UUCUUUUUGGUUACUUGGAACUAGUUUCUUUAAACAAGUAGACCCUGCAUCAUUGGAGCACAACCCGAAUCCACGAACAUAUCCACUCUUGAACAAUAAUAGUAAAAAUCAUUGCACUAAAAAAAGGACUAUACCAUUCACAAAUUCAGAAAUGUGGCGAAGGAGCUUCAGCAGCAGCGCGGCGACUUUGAAGGGCAAGAAAUGGGACGCGCUUGUCAUCGGCGGCGGCCACAACGGCCUCACGGCGGCCACGUACCUCGCCCGAGGAGGCCUCUCGGUGGCUGUCCUGGAGCGCCGCCACGUCAUCGGCGGCGCUGCCGUAACCGAGGAACUCAUUCCGGGCUUCAAGUUUUCCCGGUGCAGCUACUUGCAAAGCCUCCUUCGACCGUCCCUUAUAAAGGAGCUGGAGUUGGGGAAGCACGGCUUGAAGCUUCUGAAGCGCAAUCCGUCGUCGUUUACGCCCUGUCUCGAUGGACGUUACCUUCUCUUAGGACCUGACAAGCACCUCAAUAAUUCCGAGAUUUCCAAAUUCUCACUCAAUGACGCCGAGGCUUAUCCAAGAUAUGAGAGUCAGCUUGAAAGCUUCUGUAAAUUCAUGGAUCUAGUGCUUGAUUCGCCUCCACCAGAAUCUUUGCAGCAUAAAUCAUCUGUUAAUGAAAGAUUGAAGAACAAAAUACAGAAUUCAGUAUUUUGGGCAAGUUGUCUGCGGCAAGCAUCCUCCUUGGGGCAAAAGGAUAUGGUGGACUUUAUGGAUCUUUUAUUAUCCCCAGCUUCUAAGGUUUUGAACAACUGGUUUGAGGCAGAUGUUCUGAAGGCAACCCUUGCAACUGAUGCUGUGAUAGGAAGUACUGCCAGUGUCCACACCCCAGGAAGUGGCUAUGUGCUGCUACAUCAUGUGAUGGGAGAAUCUGAUGGGGAGCGCGGAAUUUGGUCAUAUGUUGAAGGUGGAAUGGGCUCAAUAUCAAAGGCUAUUUAUGAUGCUGCUAUUGGAGCUGGAGCACAUGUUGAAACCAAUGCUGAGGUGUCUCAGUUGCUGAUUGAAAACUCUAGCACUGUCUGUGGGGUGAUUUUGGCUGAUGGUACUGAAGUGCAUUCUUCAACUGUUCUGUCUAAUGCAACACCAUAUAAAACUUUCAUGGAAUUAGUACCCAAUGAUGUCCUCCCUGAUGAUUUUACUCAUGCCAUUAAGCUCUCUGACUACAGUUCUGCUACUACAAAAAUAAAUGUAGCAGUUGAUAAGUUGCCCCAAUUUCGUUGUUGCAAGCUAAAUCAUCCCCAUGCUGGUCCCCAGCAUGUCGGCACAAUUCAUAUAGGUUCAGAGAGCAUGGAGGAGAUUCACUCUGCGUGUCAAGAUGCAGUAAAUGGAGUACCAUCGAGAAGACCCGUCAUUGAGAUGACAAUUCCCUCUGUACUGGACAAAACUAUAUCUCCUCCUGGUAAGCAUGUGAUAAACUUGUUUGUGCAGUAUACACCGUACAACCCAUUGGAUGGUGAUUGGCAAGAUCAUGACUACAGAGAAUCGUUUGCACAAAAAUGCUUCACAUUGAUUGAUGAAUAUGCCCCUGGCUUCAGCACAUCAAUCAUUGGUUAUGACAUGCUGACUCCACCAGAUCUUGAAAGGGAAAUCGGUUUGACAGGAGGAAAUAUAUUCCACGGUGCUAUGGGGUUGGAUUCGCUUUUCCUCAUGCGACCUGUAAAGGGAUGGUCAAACUACAAGACUCCGCUAAAAGGGUUAUACUUAUGCGGAAGUGGCGCGCAUCCUGGCGGUGGAGUUAUGGGAGCACCUGGACGUAAUGCUGCCCGUUUAGUUCUUCAAGAUGUUAGAGAAAGAACUUGAAUGGUGAUACGUAAUUAUAACUCGCCCAAAUUGUUACUGCCUGCAAAUAAGGCUUGGAAAGAUGGGUCUUUCAUUGGAAUUAUGAGCAGUAACUUUCGCAAAAUUUGCGACGCAUUAGAUAGACGAAUCAUGAAAAUGAUUUAUCUUAUUGGAUGAACAAUUGCAUAACAUAGUUGCAGAAGCUAUUACGUGGAUUUCAGAAAACUACAAUUUGUAAUGCUUUAAGAUAAUUUGACAUCUUUUCAAUGCAUUGGUUCCAGUAGCGGUUCAUCGUGAACUAUACUGCAUGGAAAGUA